CACAUUCAGACUUAUUUAAUGUCCAUAUACUUUUUUUGCGCCACUGUAUGAUUUUAUCAAUUACAGUUGUUGUUAUAAACUCUUCUCCAACAGGUCUGCCUUUGGUCGUUGUUUGUCUGGACCCUGUUUCAGUUCAGUUUGAGAAAUCACCAGUAUUGGUGGUGUAACAGGUGUUACAUUUAUUUAUUAAUUUCACACAAAAUCUCUCUUUUUGUUAUUAUCAUUUGUUAUAUUUAUAUAAUUAUUUUGUAUUCUGGAAAUUCUUUUAAUAUUUCAUUUAAUUUAUUCUUUUAAUAUUGAUUUCUUUUAUUUGAGAUGUCAUGUUUCUAUGGUUAUAUGGUACUUUUUCAGUAUUGUUAAAAAUGGCGCGUGGCUCCUUUAAGACUUAUGUUCCGGUUCCGGUUGCUCUCCUUCUGUUCGCGGUAAACGCGACUGAGGAGAGGGUAGUUGUGCUGAAGCUCCGUCUAAAAAGUUUGAUAUGAGUUUUGUUUAUUGUAAUAAAACAUGUAAUUUUGUUCUUAAAUUCACUUUAAUCUUAUUCAAACAUGUAUGAAGUUUGUGUGAAUGAUAUGGAGCAUGUAUUUUUGGAGAGAGUUCAUUAAGCAUGAGUGUGCAAGCUCUGUGGCUAAAAUAAUGCUUUUCACGGACAGGCUGGUGUUCCAGUUGUGAGAGAAGGCCACAGAUUCGAGCUUAUUUUGAUUAAUUUGUUUCUUUAUUCAUGCAGAAUAAAAUCUGGCCAGAGUAAUUCCUGUUGCCCGGUCUUGUUCAUUUAUCCACACAACGCAGAGCUAAACGAAGGCCGGUCACAGUGGCAUCAGGUAGAGAUGGCAUCUUUACAGUGCAGACCGUGUCUGACACAUCCCUCAUCAGAUGGAUCAAUGGCAGACAGAUGACACUGGCAUUGUGGGCGAUUGGACAGCCUGUUGUAAUACCAGUCCCAGAGUACCAGGGAAGAAUCUCUGUCACAGUCAAUCAACUUAAGAUCAAUAACAGCCAGCUCCUUGAUUCUGGAAACUUCUCAGCCUCAAGUGGAACCUUGUCCUGCCACUGGACUUGGUGUAAACACCCGUUUAGUUCAGCUCAAGGUGUUUGCUGAGUCCGAACAAUGCUACAAUUGUUGCUAGCAAUGCUACUAAAGGUUACAUGUCUUUAAGGCAUCGUUUACCCCCAGAAAAUGAAAAUUCUGUCAUUAUUUACUUGCAUUCACAAGAUAAAGAGCAUUUUAUUGGACAAAAAUUUGGAUACGCAAGAUUGCAAGAUGAAUCAACAAUAUGUUUUCCUGGUUGUGAUUUUAUUUGUAUUUUUUUAUCCCCUUUUUUCUCCCAAUUUGGAAUGCCCAAUUCCCACUACUUAGUAGGUCCUUGUAGUGGCGCGGUUACUCACCUCAGUCCGGGUGGUGGAGGACAAGUCUCAGUUGCCUCCUCUUCUGAGACCGUCAAUCCGUGCAUCUUAUUACGUGGCUCAUUGCGCAUGACACCGCAGAGACUCAUAGCAUGUGGAGACUCAUGCUAUUCUCCGUGAUCCACGCACAAAUUACCACGUGCCCCACUGAGAGCGAGAAGCACUAAUCGUGACCACGAGGAGGUUACCCCAUGUGACUCUACCCUCCCUAGCAACCGGGCCAAUUUGGUUUCUUAGGAGACCUGGCUGGAGUCACUCAGCACGCCCUGGAUUCAAACUCGUGACUCCAGGGGUGGUGGUCAGCGUCAAUACUCGCUGAGCUACCCAGGACCCCCCGGUUAUGAUUUUUAAAUACAUCUGCUAAAAGUUAUGUUUGUAAACUUUUAGGAGUACACUUGCACAUAGAUGAACUCAAAACUAUGGUUAUUACUGCACCCAUGGCAUAGUUAUGCAGCAAUUUAGCUGCUGGAUGUUUAUACAUCCAGGGACGGAUUAUGACUUGCAAAGGUCCCGGGGCCAAUUAUCUCCAAGGGCCCCCUCCAAGGGUUUGUUUUCAUUGUUGAUGGGUUUUCGAGCGGGGGGGAUCGCCAAACUGGAUCGCACAACCUUAAAGCCCAGGCCCAUCCGGGCAGUCAAGGGCCCCUGGGCACUGGCCCCAUUGGCCCGGUCGGUAAUCCAUCCCUGUAUACGUCAUAUUUCGAUAUGAUCUCAAAACUUUCUAGUCAACCUUGAACACCAAAAAUAAGUUCGAAAACAUUUGUCACUAAUUCUGCGGGAUGCUCAUUUUCAGUUUUAAGAGAUAAUUCUAAAUAUUUUUUGCCAUUUUGAAAGAUAAAAAACAGCAAGAAAGGAAACCAUUUGAAACUAGGACAUGAGUUUUUAUUUCCUUUAUCUUAACGUGAUAUAUGCAGCUUCUCUCUCUCUCCGCACGCUUGUGUUUGAUGGAGAACAAAAGAGUGUUUUCUUUAGACUCGUGCCGGACGAUCCAUGUCCUAAACACAGGGACCCCAAAAAUAAUAUAUGUGUUAUGUGUAAAGAAGACGCUGGAAAAAGGGAUAGGAGUUAUUGUCUGUCACUUUUACAUUGCCCAACAACAACACAAGAUAAAGCAAUUAAACAAACGUUGAACUCCAGAACAAUCAAUCAAUAUUAAUGUUUGAUUGCCCACUCCAUGAAUGCACAGAACUACAGUAUAUGCAUAUAAUAACACUGUUAAAGCUUGAAUACUUUUAAAGGUAAGCUACACCCUGGAAAAAUGGUCCUGAAUUGUCAUUUUUAAAAAUCAAAUCAAAAUCAAAUCAAAUCACUUUAUUGUCACACAGACAAUAAUUACUGAAAUUACUAAAAAAUAAAUAAAACGUUUGAUUUAAAGUUGUUGUUUAUUAGUGUAGAAACAGUAUUACUUUUAAUUACUGAAAUUAUACCAAGAUAAAAAAAAAAAAUAAAAAAAAUCAAUUUUUAUUAUUCGACAGGUAAUAUUUGUUCCAUUUAUUUUGCUUUACAAAUGCACAAUCUUCACUUGCUGCUACUACUGCUUGUCGAAUAACAAAGAUGUCAUUUAAAAACAUACAUGAAUGGAACUUUGGAAGGUGAAUAUUUAUUGAAUUUCUAAUGAUGAAAUAAAAUGACAUGCAAAAUGUUUUUGUUUGAAAUAUUCACAGCUUAAAAUAAAUAUACAACAAUGUUAAAUUACAGCCCCAAAAACUGCAUUUGCAACUGUUAUUGGAACACAUUUUUUUAAUCGAUUCGAUUUAACAUGCUUUUUUAAAUUAAAGACAUUUGUCAUUAAUAUACUCCCAUAAAUGACUCAAAAUAUGUUGAUCUUUUAUUUAUAAUCUGUAAUGUUGUUGGCUCCUCAGAUGGUCCAGAUGCCCCUCAGUUAACUAAGACUCCAGACGGUUCUUCUUACCUGUUCGUCCAACUCUUUGUCUCCUGCCUCGUUCUCAUGGGAACUGAACGGCCAGCCAGUGACCGCCGGCCAAUCGGGCAGUGGUGUGCUGAGUCUUCUCGACCAAUCAGAGUGGCCGUUACAUCUGCAUAGCACGGAAUGACAUCACCAGGGGCACAUCAAAGCAGCAGAUAGACGUGGCCAUUGUACCUGUCUCAGUGCAGGGGCAGUGGCAGGGAUCGUUGUAGCCUGUGUUGUUGCCCUCAUCAUAAUUAUCAUUGUUAUUACUGUGCUCCUGUGACAAAGAAAUGUUGAUCAGAGACUCAGAGAUUUUUCUUCAGAAGACAAACCAGAAUGACAGCCCCACAAAUUCCAACAUUGCCUACAGAGCUCUUGUCAAUGGAAACCACCCUGAUUCAACAUUACACAACUCACUUACCCAAAACCAGCAAAUCCUCACCACUCUUCCCAAUAACAAUGAUGAGAACAUCAACUCAAUGACACAAAACAGGCCUGGCAACUCCAGCCCACAGCUUCAUAAUGGCCAUCUGAACACAGAUGCAUACACAGAUGUAUUCCAACACAACUUCAGUGCACUUCCAAACAAUGGGCAUCCAAACACUAAUCCAAACAAUGGCCUUCAGAACUCCAGAUCAUUCCCAAAGCCUGGCUAAUUAAUCCUAAUAUACUCAUUCAAACGGGUAACCAUCAGCCUGGUGUGAUUGCCCCAACAGUUCAUGUAAACUUCAACACACUUCCACGUACUGACCAGUUCAACAGCGCACAACCUCAAACAGUGCAUGUCAACUUGAACACGUAUUCUCAAGAACCAAACCAGCCAAGUCCAGUGAUCCAGCAACACACUGAUCAGAGAGAAAGUGCGCUACGGCAUCAACACACCAAUCAAAAUCUCUCUCAGACUGGCUUGUUAAACUCUGAACCUUUGACCAAUGGCUCUCAACCCAGUGGACUCAUUAAGACCGGCUACUCGCACCCUACCAACUGCACCAAUGCUAACCACCGUGCCGCCAACUCGCGGUCAUCAAUAGAAGAGCAUCCACGACAUUCUAACCCAACUCAGGCCAACAACCUUUUCAACAAGCCCUCAUUAGACACCAGCAUGAAUCCCCGCCAGAUGCCUUGGGACCGUUUGCGGGGAACACCGACGUACCCCAACCGCCAAGUCGACAACUCUGACAGCAGUGGAUCUACAGACCGGCUGCCUAGAUUGCCACAAAAAGAUGCACGGAGGGGCCGCUCUGGUCCAAGACCCAGGGAAAUUGAACCUAGUAGGUGGGUUGACCCAGGCUGCUUCUGCUCCCCAAGAAAGAGACCUCCAGAGACCGAAUGUUUACAACGUAGUGCUAAAUCACUCUCAAAUGGACCUGAAUGUGCAGAGACAAGUGCAACAACAGAACACGCCACGGCCACAAGUCCAAUCCCAAAGCCAGAGUGCUCCGAGGCAUGCUAUACUUCAAAUCCAAACUCCUCAGGCUCGGAAUCCAAUCCACAUAGGUCUACCUCCAGGAACAACCAUACAUCACCCCGCUGAAGCGCACAACCAACCUCAGGUGUGCACAAGCCAUCCACAGAUGCAAACGGGCAUCAGACCAGACCACAUGCAGCCAUUCCUCUUACUCAUGAAUCCCUUUGCCAGCACAUCAUCCAGACAGAAAACCCAUUCACCAACCGAAUCCAGCAGACUCAAGCCACCUUGCAGAACCCUGGAGCUCAGUCCAGAUCUUCUCAACCCAUUCAGCAGCUCAACAAAGCUGGCCAGGAGCCACCAACUCCACCUCUGGUGCUACAGCCGGCCAAGUUCCAGUCACUGCCACUGGAGCGCAGGCAGCAGGCGCGCACCCUCCAGCCCGCGCACGUGAACAGUCGGCCUGUAAAUGUGAUGCAUAGACUGAUCUACGGACAUGCACAGACAGACUAGCGUGUGGCAUACAAGCCCUCAAUGAUUGCCAGGAAUUCAUCCAUUCAUGGAUGUGGAUAUUUGUACAGAACAAAUUUGGCCCACAGAGGCAGACCCAGAUGCUGAGAAAAUGCAACAAUAUCUGCACUGCAAAAAAAAAAAACCUGUCUUACAAAGCACAAUGUCUCUCUGGUGGAAAGAAACAAAUGUUCAGUCAUUCCUCUGGCCAUUCGUUUAUUGUGCUGCACAAAACUUUUUAUUGUUUUUUUUUUUUGGAGACCACAUUAUUGAUAAAACGACUGAUCUUUUUGUCUCUGACAAACAGUAGUCAUGUGAGAACCGUGGCUGUUGAAUGGGCCAUAGUGUGAAUGUCAUCCAUCAGAACAAUGCUGCUAUGGAAUCAUUUAUUGCACUCAAUUGUCUGAAAAUAAAACACAAUGAUGUGUUUUUGCACGGACAGGAAGACUUGAACAAAAUCCAAAUGAAUUAGGAUGGCUGGCAGAGCUCGACUACUAAAUGAUAAAUAAUGGAGUGCCACUGCUCGUCCUUUCACAGCUAUUAUUUCAGCUUUAUGCUCACAGAUGCUUCUUGUAACACUGCUCAAUUAGUGCGAUUCACUAUGGAGCUUUUGUGGAUGCAUUGCGCAUUUGAGUAUGAAGGAGACCCACUUAACGGACAUGUAAUUAAUUAAGCUCUUUUAUUUGUACGUUAAUGAUGUGGAAAAUGCUAAUGACUUAAAGUAAAAUUAGUUCUUGACCAGUCUAGCAAGAAACAAUCAAAUAUAAGAGAGACUGGGGCUAGUCACACUUUUACUCCAGUGAAUAUUUCCAGAGAUUAUUUAGCAGAGAUGGGCCACUUCUAUUAAAAUGAAUGGGACAAAUUGGAACGCUCAGCCAACGAGCUCUUGAGCACCCAACAGUCAACGGAUGUAGAAACGAAGUCCCGCCUUACAGUUAAAAGAGCCAAUCACCUUUUAGAUACAGACAUCGCCUGUCAAUCAACUUUAGAAAGCGCAUGCGCAUUAACCAUACAAGCCGGGAAAAUUGCAUUUUUCUUAGCGUAAUCUCAGGUAAAGAAUCACAAUUUAUGAUUUCAGUAUUGUCAGAUUUUAUUGCUGAUUUGAAAAAUGUACUUUGAUCGUAAUCUUGACCAACCGUUUUUGAGAUUUUGGUGUUUCUCCAUUCAAGUAGAUAGGAGCUGCACUGGCAUGACUGGAAAUAGCGUCCCGAGAGCAUUCCAAAGAUGGCCGACAGUGGACAGACUUGCUAGAUAGACUUUAAUAUUUCUCAGCAUACAGGAGUUCUGCAGAGCUUGUCAGAGAGAGCAGCCGUAACCAAGGGGGACAGAGCUUAGUGAAAGAAGUCAGUUAUACGGGUUUGGAACAAGAUGAGAGGCUCUAUACUUGGCAUAAAAGGUGACAAUGGUGUGGACAUUGAGCCGCAGUAACCUGGUGUUGGUGGUGUGUGGAUUCACUUUGAUCACUGGUCUUCCUACCAACAUCCUGUCCUUCUACACCUUUUUCAAGAAGAUUCGCCAGCAGUCCACACCCAUAGAUGUCCUACUACUCAGCUUAAAUAUCUCUGACCUGAUCUUCCUGUUUGUCCUCCCAUUUCACAUGUUAGAGGCGGCCAACAUGAAAUGGACACUGCCGUACUUCCUCUGCCCGCUAUAUGGUUUCAUCUUCUACAGCACCAUCCACAACAGCACCUUACACCUGAUGGCCAUCAGUGUGGACCGCUACCUGGGUGUGACCUUUCCCAUAAAAUACAAGCUAAACCGCAAUCCCCGAAAUGCAGUGAUAGCCAGCAUUGUAUUCUGGGUGGUAUCCAUGGCGCACUGCAGUAUCGUCUAUAUUAUGCAAUACCACAACCAUUUCAACCCCAAUGUCACCGAUCCAUCCAAACGGAACACUUGUUAUGAAGACUUCAGCGACGAACAGCUUAAAAUCCUCCUUCCGGUCCGUCUGGAACUCUUUACUGUGCUCUUCUGUGUGCCUUUCCUCAUCAGCUGCUUCUGCUACAUUAAGUGUAUCUGCAUACUCUCCAAUCUACCCAACGUCAACUCUAAGAAGCGGAUCAGGGCCAUUGGGAUGGCAUUGGCCACUCUUCUGGUCUUCACUAUCUGUUUCAUGCCCUUUAACAUAUCACAUGUGGUGGGAUUUGUGGGUGGCUACAGCCCUGAGUGGCGAGAACAUGCUCUACUUGUCAGCACAUUGAACGCCUCUCUCGACCCAUUCAUUUUCUACUUCUCUUCCUCAGCCCUCAGAGAGAUUUUCAAUAACAUCUUGAGCAAGCUGGUCAUGCGGCUAACCCUACUCUGCAGUAGCACAGCUCUCUACUGCCCCCCAUUGAGCUGUGAAAAAACAGAGGAGAAAUCACAGUGCUCUGAUGACUGGUCCCACUAACAUAUCUAGCCAAUUUUGCAUAGACUGACCUGCUGAGUACCAUUGUCUUUUUUUCUGCUUUUUUCGUUCCUGAGUCAAGCAUUGCCAGUGCCAAAGCUAAUACAAAUCCAGUUGAUAUCAUUCUGAUAUUCCACUGACCAAUGCUAAGCGUUUUAUGAUUGGACCGCUGAAGAGCAGCUAAAAAUGGUCCCAAAGAAAAAUCAAGCAGGCACACGAACUGUUCUUGUUGUGGAACUGUGCCGUUCCAUACCGAUCCGGGCUUGUGGGCACAGUUACAUCUUCUUUUUACUGUAAACUUUGGUGCUGCGAAAUCAAAAAUAGAAUGGACUGACUCAGCAAAUUACCAGUCGUGAGUCACCAUGUCACUAAAGUUGUUCCACCAGCACGGUUCUCUGUCCUGAUUAAGUUAAGGAUAGGGUUACAUUUAUUGGUAGGGUAAAGGUUAGGUAUAGGGCUAUGGGUUAGGUGUAGGGUUUCUGUAAGACUCCAAACAAACACAAUAAACACAGUGUGGGAACGUCGCAUGCAGGUCUCGCAAGACUAUAGGAUUUUUGGUUGCUUACCUUCUAGACACGACCCCGUUUCAGCACAGUUUGGUACGGUACAAUUACAUACCAUCAUGGCCCAGAUUUCUCAGCACUGUUAGUUAACUAUAAGUAACAGCAAAUGAGUCUCUUGCGAGACUUGUUACCUUCUAGACACAGUCCUGAAAUGAUACUGUGUGUUUUCACACCUGGCUCGUUUGGAGCAUUUGUUUUGGAAUCUGGUGCGUUUUCUCCCUUGUUCGGUUCAUUUAGGCAUAUAUGAACAAGGCAAUCGCACUUGGAUCUGCUCCAUAAUAAUCCAAAUGCAAACGAAGUGGUUUGCUUGUAGUGAGAAUGCAAUCCGACCUAACAGACCAAUAACCCAACUAUAUCCCUAUAAAAACCAUGAACAUACCUGAAUGAUCUUUGAAGAAAACAUCUUUAGGUCAGCAGGUCACUGUAAUUCAUCAUCAAAUUGUGGAUAAAGCCUUUUGUUGACUAUAUUAGACUGUUUUAAAAUUGUAGGUAGGCAACUUUUUGACAGAUGAAGCCCAGGGGCCCACAACUCCCAUGGGGCCCAGCUCGUGGCGUCCGCCACCCCUUUUCCCCCAUCCAUUUUCGCAGGAAGAGUGCAUCUAAAUUCCUAUAGAGUAAUUCUCGUUGUGUAUAAAGCUCCAAGACUUAAAAUGUAAAUCAUAUAGUGAGCAGCCAAUGGAAAGCUUAAGAAAUGGAGACGACGAACAAGCACUAACUAGUUAACUUAACUUUUAGCGCCACUCACUUCCAACUUGUAUUUCAGUCUCUAGACGCCAUAAUGACCGCAUCUUCCCACCCAAGACGUCUUACACAACUUUGCACACAGAAUAGCAGCAACACCAAUCCCUGCAAAAAAAAAAAAAAAAUAACCAGCUUAUUUUGUGUUUUAUGUGCUGGUCCCCCAGCACGGCAUGCUAAACCAGCUAAACCAGCUUCACCUGAAAGACAAUACUGGUCAACCAACUUCAACAGCUGGGUUUUGCUGGUGAAAAGCUUGGCUAUAGACCUUAUUCAUGCUAGCGCCAUCUUUGAUUUUUAAUGGGAAUGACAAGAAGGCUGUGAGGGAUAGACUUACUGAUCUCUUCAAUGGCACGAACUGUAUAAAGUUGUUUAAAGCUCCUAGAUCACAUCUGAUUUUCCACAACUUAUGUUGUCUGGAGUUCUUUGUAUACUGAAUGUUCUUGGACAGAUAUUUUAGCAAUGUUUUGUCCGCAGAACGAUCCAAAAACACUUUAAACUGCAAUAAAGCCCAUUGAAGAGACUGUAAGUCUCUCCCUCACAGCCUCAUUGUCAUUCCUAUUAAAAAUCAAAGAUGGCACUAGCGUGAAUAAAGUCUAUGCUGGUCCACCAGCUAGACCAGCACUAACCAGUAUUAACCAGCUUAGACCAACAUGGGAAUUGCAUGCUGGUUAAGCUGGAUUUCUUAGUAGGGAUGGCUCCCAUAUAUCCAUGUUUGUUUACACUUCAAUGUGUCUCCUAGAAUGGAUGGAUUGACUUCACAGUCAGUUAGUGUAUUAUCCUCAGUGGUUUGUUGUGUGAUGUCCAGUUUUCAUUUUUAGCCAUUUACAUGGUCUGUAUGUGUGGGAUACCUAGUUUUUUAAGAACCUGUUCAGAUUUUAAAAGUGUAGUGUAACCCAGUCCAGAAGUCUCAAGACCAAGACAAUCAAGCAAGCACAUCUUGAGUGCAAAACAAUUCCACCUAAUACUCAGCAGCACAAAUUUCACACACAAUUGAAGAGUGAGUUGAAUUCAGGUUGACCAGUUUAUCUUCUUUAACGGUAUAGCUCAUUUAAACUUCUCUACACUCUCUAACAGCAAUGGAAUACUGUAAAUACAAUCAGUAAAACUAAUAUUUUGGCACAACAUUUUGUAACAUUUCCUUAUUACUUUUGCUUCUUAUUCUAUAUCAGCUACCACAGUGUAAGACAAACAGGUACAAGUUCUCCAUGGUACCAUUAUGGAAAAAGCUGUUUAAUAAAGAAUGGUAGUCCUGAAAGGAUUGAGGUUCUGAGGGUAUACAGUUGUGCUCAAAAGUUUGCAUGCCCUUGGAGAAUUGGUAAUAUAUGUACCAUUUUAAAGAAAACAUGAGUGAGCAGGCAAAACACAUUUCUAUUAUUUCUUAUGGGAUUCAUAUUCAACUGUAGGUUAUAACAGAAUGGCACAAUCAUAAAACAAAACAUGGCAACAAAGAAAAAAAUGAAAUAACCCCUGUUCAAAGGUCUGCAUACCCUUAGUUCUUAAUACUGUGUAUUGCCCCUUUUAGCAUCAAUGACAGCGUGCAGUCUUUUGUAAUUAUUGCAGAUGGUAUAGCUGCCCAUUUGUCUUGGCAAAAUGCCUCCAGGUCAUGCAAAGUCUUUGGUCGUCUUGCAUGAACUACACGUUUAAGAUCUCCCCAGAGUGGCUCGAUGAUAUUAAGGUCAGGAGACUGUGAUGGCCACUCCAGAACCUUCACCUUUUUCUGCUGUAACCACUGGAGGGUCAACUUGGCCUUGUGCUUAGGGUCAUUGUCAUGCUGGAAAGUCCAAGAGCGUCCCAUGUGCAGCUUUCGUGCAGAAGAAUGCAAAUUGUCUGCCAGUAUUUUCUGAUAACAUGCUGCAUUCAUGUUGCCAUCAAUUUUCACAAGAUUCCCCGUGCCUUUAGAGCUCACACACCCCCAAAACAUCAGUGAGCCACCACCAUGCUUCACAGUAGGGAUGGUAUUCUUUUCACUAUAGGCCUUGUUGACCCCUCUCCAAACAUAGCGCUUAUGAUUGUGGCCAUAAAGUUCUGUUUGGUCUCGUCACUCCAAAUAACAGUGUGCCAGAAGCUUUGAGGCAUGUCAAGUGUUGUCGGGCAUAUUGUAACUGGGCUUUUUUGUGGCAAUGCAGAUCUACCAUGCUGCUCAUUUUCAUUCAAGUAUCGUCGUAUUGUGCUCCUUGAAACAACCACACCGUCUUUUUCCAGAGCAGCCUGUAUUUCUCCUGAGGUUACCUGUAGGUUUUUCUUUGUAUCCUGAACAAUUCUUCUGGCAGUUGUGGCUGAAAUCUUUCUUGGUCUACCCCUUGGCUUGGUAUCAAAAGAUCCCUGAAUUUUCCACUUCUUAAUAAGUGAUUGAACAGUACUGACUGGCAUUUUCAAAGCUUUGGAUAUCUUUUUAUAUCCUUUUCCAUCUUUAUAAAGUUCCAUUACCUUGUUACGCAGGUCUUUUGACAGUUCUUUUCUGCUCCCCAUGGCCAGGUAUCUAGCCUGCUCAGUGCAUCCUCGUGAGAGCUAACAAACUCAUUGACUAUUUAUACACAGACACUAACUGCAAUUUUAAAAGCCACAGGUGUGGGAAGUUAACCUUUAAUUGCCAUUUAAACCUGUGUGUGUCACCUUGUGUGUCUGUAACAAGAACAAACAUUCAAGGGUAUGUAAACUUUUGAUCAGGGCCAUUUGGGUGAUUUCUGUUAUCAUUAUUAUUUAAAAAGGAGCCAAACAACUAUGUGAUAAUAAAUGGCUUCAUAUGAUCACUAACCUUAAAUAAAAGACAGUUUAUUUGCAUGAUCAGUCAUAUUUUCAAAAUCAAUGCCAAAAUUUCACAAUUUCUGCCAGGGUAUGCAAACUUUUGAGCACAACUGUAUAUUGAUCUUUUUUUAUUUUUUUUAUAAUGUUUUAUGUGGUAAGGAUAUUGAAGGUAUAUGUUGUUUAUGCUAUUGUGUGUCCAUAUGUAACAGAGAUUAUGAGAAUAUAUGCUGAGUAUUUUAUUGUGCUUUUAUAUGUAAUAGCAACUUUGAUGCCCAUGGCAAAUUUCUCCACAGAGACCAAUAAAGAAUCAAUCAAUCAAUUAUUCAA